UCUCCUUUUCGCUGCUUCCCUUGCUUCUGCGACUGUGGCCGGCAGCUCUAGCCCUUUGGUGCGGCUGAGACGCAGACGACGAUGGUGAUUGUUUGUAGUGUGCUCUGGGCUUGCGGUUUUGUUCUAGUUUCUUCUCCCUGCAGCUUGGAGGCCAUACAUUUGGGUUCUGGGGUGAACCGAGCUGCCGUCUGCCGGUACGGCAUCCUUCGAGCCAGGAUGAAGGGGUAGGGGCCCUUUGCAGAGGCAGUAACAGAUGGUGGUCUGGUCCAUGGCUGGCUCCGAGGGUGGCUGUGAUCACGAAGCUUGCGCGGUGGUGCAUUCCUCCCAAGACCCUAGCUUCGUUCUGUUGGUGUAGGUCGUCCAGUAGGGUGUUGGUAGCAGCGUGAUGAUGCCUUGUCUCACUCUGUUGCUGCCUUGAGUUGUUUUGCUUGAGUUCCUUGUAUCCAUCGCUCGGUUUCCUUUUCUUUGCGUUGUAAGCGGGUGUCCUUGUAAUCCUGGCCGGUUGAUGGCUUUGUUAAUUCAAAGCCGGGCUCUUCUUGAGCCUUCGUUCAAAAAAACAUGUAAUUUCCAUUUCUUUUGUGAUAGAAAUGUUUAGCUAAAUCCGUUAUGUAUUUUCCAUUUCUUUGAAACAAAACUGAAAUGAUGCUUCUCACAGCCUUUGCCAAACAAUGAGUGUGAUGAUGAAUAUGAUGUUGUGUGUAUUUGAUGAGUAUCUGAUGUGCAUUUUGUAUUGGGAUUUGAGAAAUCGCGUCCUUGCGGCGGUUUUGAGAAAAUGAUGGGCAAAGCAACUCCUAGUGGCAGUUUUCAGAAAUUAACCAACUCAAAUGAAAUAACCAACUUGGAAAAUAUGCACUUGUCGUUUUUUAAUUACAACUGACUCCCAUGGGCAUAUCUGCUCUGCUCUGAACCGGCCUUAUAAAUACUUGCCACCUUGUUGUUCGUUCUUUCCUAUCUCGUAGAGCAAACAAUCUUGAAGCAGUUUUCUCCCUCUCGUCCAUCUCAAUAAGUGCCCGCUUCUUAAUUAGGUAUUUCCUCUGUUUUUGAUUCCCAUCUAUAUAGUAGAGCAAAGAAGCUUUUGUCUACCUCUCCCAUUUUUUCUUCUCAAAUGGGUCUAGCUAGUUCUAAUUGAUUUUAUGAAAGAACAUGUAAUUGAUGUUGUCGUAUGUAUAAUGUAUUGUACAUAGUCCAUAUGCUCUCAAUCAUUUCUAUUCCUAGGCUCCGAGGCCAUGGGCAGCAACACCCUUACGUCGAUGCACGAGAUCCGGCGCUUGCAGCGUGCCGAGGGGCCUGCGGCCAUCCUCGCCGUCGGCACCGCGAACCCGCCCAACUGCGUGUCCCAGGAGGAGUACCCGGACUACUACUUCCGCGUCACCAAGAGCGAGCACCUCACCGACCUCAAACAAAAGCUCAAGUCCUUCUGCCAGAUGACCUCAACGGAGAAGCGCUACUUCCACCACACGGAGGAGCUGCUGGACGCCCACCCAGAAUUCCUCCGCCGCGACAAGCCGUCCCUGGACGCCCGGCUGGACAUCGCCGCUGCCGCUGCUCCAGAGCUCGCGGCGUCAGCCGCAGCCAAGGCCAUAGCCGAGUGGGGCCGUCCGGCCACCGACAUCACCCACCUCGUCGUCAGCACCAACUCCGGCGCGCACGCCCCGGGCGUCGACCUUCGCCUGGCCUCUCUCCUCGGCCUCCGCGCAUCCGUUUGCCGGACGAUGCUCAACCUCAACGGCUGCUCGGCCGGUGCGGCCUCGCUGCGCCUGGCCAAGGACCUGGCCGAGAACAACCGCGGCGCACGCGUCCUGGUGGCCUGCGUCGAGCUCACCGUCGUCGCCUUCCGCGGGCCCGAGGAGGCGUACCCACACAGGCUCAUCAGCCAGGCGAUCUUUGGUGACGGCGCAGGCGCGGUCAUCGUCGGCGCUGACGCCGUGCGCUCCGUCGAGCGCCCGCUCUUCGAGAUGGUGUCGGCCUCGCAGACCACGAUACCAGCAACCGACGGCGUGCUCACCAUGCAGCUCACGGAAGCCGGCCUCGACGGCGACAUCUUCACCAGGGAGCUCACGCCUCUAGCCGCGCAGCACAUCGAGCAGUGUCUCACGGACGCGUUCCAGCCGCUUGGAAUAAUGAGCGGCGGUGCCGAAUGGAACGAUCUGUUCUUUGUGGUGCACCCUGGCCUCCGUGGAAUAAUGGACCACAUCGACGGGGCUCUCCGGCUGGAUCCCGGGAAGCUGGUGGCGAGCCGGGCCGUGCUGAGAGAGUACGGCAACAUGCUUGGCGCGACGCUGAUCUUCGUGCUCGACGAGCAACGGCGGCGGAUGGAGGAGGACGGCGAGACGGGUGAGUGGGGUGUGAUGAUGGGAUUUGGACCAGGGUUUACGGUUGAGACCAUGGUGCUGCAUGCGGUGGCCAUCGACCUGCACAACGAGAAUUGACCCUCGACCGAUUCAUAACCUUGCUACUUUCUGUCAUAUAUAUAAUUUGAAACAAAUUAAAAAUACGCAAGUACAAUUGUAAGCAUUCAGAUCGUACAACUUGCUCGCUAGGGCAUCACAGCAUUCAGAUCAUUGGAGUUGCGUCGAAUAAUUUGUAGGAGUACAAGGUUAUGGUUAAUCUGAAACUUUUACCUUUUUUUUUAGAGCGAAGGCUCGAGACGAGCCUGACUUUGAAUUAAGCCAUCAACCUGCUAGAAAUUAAAGCCACCAUUACAUCUCCCAACACCACACACAAAGAAAAGAAAACAACAACGACCGAAAGAUACGCGGGAGCCGGGCACGCAGCUUACAGCACAACCCACACUACAAGCAACUAAACAUGAAGAAAGAGAAGCACCGCUUGCAUAGUGAGAAGCCCUUCCAAGUCCCACAUGGACCGAAAAGAAGAACGCCAAGGGAAAAGCCAGCCAACUUGGCAGCGAACUCACCGAACGCCGGCCCUGAGAACCGAGAAGACACCACACCCUCUAAACCCUCGCCGAAGAGGGACCCUUCCCCCUCGUCCUGGCUCGAAGGGCGCCGCACCAUCGAGCGAGGGAUGUGUUCACCAUAGAACGAGAAAUGUGUGGUCUUGAGUUCACAGGAGCAGAGCAGAUACACGCAACCCGUAGCGGGCAAACCUUGCCUGCCAUGAAGAAGCACCCACCCGAUGCCCGAAACAGGAAGGGGGUAACCUGCAGGGAGCGGUUCACAGAUAUUGAACAUUUUUGUGAUAUGCGUUGAACAAUAUUUUAAUACACAUUAAACAUUUUUAUGAUAUACACUGAACAAUUUUUGAAUUCUGAAAACAAUUUUUAAAAAUUUAACAAAAUUUGAGAACCAUGAACAAUCUUUGAAAUUAUGAACAAACUUUCAAAUUUCAAACAUUUUUUUGAAAACAAAAGGAUAAAAUUUUAGAAAAAGAGGAUAAAAGAAAUGAAAAGGA